AAUAAACAGCGAAAAUUAACCCAGACGAAGCCGCCUUAUAGAAGACGGAGAGAAAAGUGACCGUACCGCCCAAGUUCCAUCGUCAAAGAUGGAAGACUCGGCUACCGGAAAGCCGAAGAAGUCAGGGCCGCGCCUGUGCUGCAUCUGUAAUCAGAAAAGAGCUGCUCUCAAGAGGCCCAAAACCCUAGAACAGAUUUGCAGGGAGUGUUUCUAUGAGGUAUUUGAGGAGGAGAUUCAUCAGGUGAUUGUGGAAAACCAGCUGUUUAAGCGCGGUGAGCGAAUUGGCAUUGGUGCCUCUGGCGGAAAAGAUUCCACAGUUCUUGCGUAUGUCUUGUCUGAAUUAAAUAAGCGGCACGAUUAUGGGUUGGAUCUCUUCCUGUUGUCUGUGGAUGAGGGCAUUACUGGCUACAGGGACGAUUCGCUGGAAACUGUCAAAAGAAAUGAAAUGCAGUAUGGAUUGCCGUUGAAGAUUGUCUCGUACAAGGAUUUGUAUGGGUGGACGAUGGAUGAAAUAGUAAAGAUGAUUGGUCUCAAGAAUAAUUGCACUUUUUGUGGUGUGUUUCGUCGUCAGGCCCUUGAUCGUGGUGCAGCAUUGUUGAAAGUAGACAAGCUUGCUACUGGACAUAAUGCUGAUGAUAUAGCUGAGACAGUUCUAUUGAACAUAUUACGUGGUGAUAUUGCAAGAUUGGGCAGAUGCACCUCAAUUGUCACUGGUGAAGAUGGACCGAUUCCAAGAUGCAAACCUUUUAAAUACACCUAUGAGAAGGAGAUUGUUAUGUAUGCAUACUUCAAGAGGCUGGAUUACUUCUCCACUGAAUGCAUUUAUUCACCAAAUGCUUAUCGUGGAUUUGCCCGUGAGUUCAUCAAAGAUUUGGAAAGAAUCAGACCUAGGGCCAUACUUGACAUAAUCAAAUCAGGGGAGGAUUUCAGAAUUUCUACUCAUACAAAAAUGCCAGAACAGGGAACUUGUGAACGCUGUGGUUACAUUUCAAGCCAGAAAUGGUGCAAGGCUUGUGUUUUACUUGAAGGCCUGAAUAAGGGCUUGCCAAAGCUAGGAAUUGGUCGGAAUCAAGGAAUCAUUAACAAUCAGAAGAAGGAUAUGAAACAAAGUAAUGGAACAAAAAGUAUUGAGAGCAAACAAUGUGGGACUUUGGACUUCUGAUAUAGUAUCAGAUAACGGGCAGUUAAAAAAACCAAAUUAAGUAGUUGAAUGCUCUUUGUGAUUGUCAAGAGGAAUGAUAAACAGCAACAAUGGAAAUGUACUUAAUCUUCCUCUUGUUCCAGAUAAGAGUAGAUAGAUGAAUUCAUUGAAUUGCCUCAUUCAAAUGUGAAUGGUCAAUAUUGAAGUUCCAGGAACCUCAUGCAUUGGUUUGAUGUUACAUUAAUUAAAUUAUGUAUCAUGUUUCCAAUUUUAUA